AUGGCGGCACGGCGCGCCGCGGAGUCGGCGUCUCCGGCAGUCCAGGGCAGCUCUGGCGCGUUUCAGAAUUUCAUCCUAAAGUCCAGAGAGCGAGCUUUCGUCCGGGAAAACCCACCUGCUGAUCCGGCAAGCGAAGCCUCGGCUUCAUCCCAGGAUGCCGAAACUACAGAGGCUCGGCCAAGCUGCGACAGCCCGUUGAGCAUUCUGUCUAGCGAUGUCGAGGCGAGCAUUCAGCAGGUGCUGGCUGACAUGGCAGAGACAGCCAGCAGACUUGAAGCUUCGGCAACACGGGCCAGGCGCUUUUUGGUGCGCUUCCCCUGGGAAAAUGACGCGGUCUGGCCAGCCCUGAAAGAGGUGGAGACGCUGCGAUCCCGCGCGGCUGCAAUUCUUGCACGAGCAAUGUUCGGCUUGCCCGUUCACGAUUUGCCCUUGUACAGCUCCGGCGAGCCUCUCCGAGCAGAAGCCAACCUAGCGCAUGCAGAGCUCUGCCGCCCCGAACGACGGCCACCCGUCGCCGGCGCAGACAACGCCGGGACGGCAGGGACGCCAGACUCCAUCGAUGAUGGAACGAUGCAAGUGUUGCUUGCGCAACAAACGGCCGAACACAUUGACAGUGAUGUGGCCUCUGACAUGUCGGAAGCAAUGCGUGCCUCUACCACCGCCACGAAAGAGGAAGCCUGGUGUGGCAGUGAAAAGCAGAUCCCUGCGCCGCUGUGGGGCGGCGACGGCGAUUGGCAGCGAAUACCGCAUGUCCAGGGCAGCUCUGGUGCGUUUCAGAAUUUCAUCCUAAAGUCCAGAGAGCGAGCUUUCCUCCGGGAAAACCCACCUGCUGAUCCGGCAAGCGAAGCCUCGGCUUCAUCCCAGGAUGCCGAAACUACAGAGGCUCGGCCAAGCUGCGACAGCCCGUUGAGCAUUCUGUCUAGCGAUGUCGAGGCGAGCAUUCAGCAGGUGCUGGCUGACAUGGCAGAGACAGCCAGCAGACUUGAAGCUUCGGCAACACGGGCCAGGCGCUUUUUGGUGCGCUUCCCCUGGGAAAAUGACGCGGAGCUCUGCCGCCCCGAACGACGGCCACCCGUCGCCGGCGCAGACAACGCCGGGACGGCAGGGACGCCAGACUCCAUCGAUGAUGGAACGAUGCAAGUGUUGCUUGCGCAACAAACGGCCGAACACAUUGACAGUGAUGUGGCCUCUGACAUGUCGGAAGCAAUGCGUGCCUCUACCACCGAGCCGGAACAGGGCCGCUGUGUGGCCUGGAGGAAGAAACCGGCAUUUUGGUGCUUCGUGCGUGCUUGGCAGAGGCCACGAAAGAGGAAGCCUGGUGUGGCAGUGAAAAGCAGAUCCCUGCGCCGCUGUGGGGCGGCGACGGCGAUUGGCAGCGAAUACCGCAUGUCCAGGGCAGCUCUGGUGCGAUGCCGAAACUACAGAAGCCGGCCAAGCUGCGACAGCCCGUUGAGCAUUCUGUCUAGCGAUGUCGAGGCGAGCAUUCAGCAGGUGCUGGCUGACAUGGCAGAGACAGGCAGCAGACUUGAAGCUUCGGCAACACGGGCCAGGCGCUUUUUGGUGCGCUUCCCCUGGGAAAAUGACGCGGUCUGGCCAGCCCUGAAAGAGGUGGAGACGCUGCGAUCCCGCGCGGCUGCAAUUCUUGCACGAGCAAUGUUUGGCUUGCCCGUUCACGAUUUACCCUUGUACAGCUCCGGCGAGCCUCUCCGAGCAGAAGCCAACCUAGCGCAUGCAGAGCUCUGCCGCCCCGAACGACGACCACCCGUCGCCGGCGCAGACAACGCCGAGACGGCAGGGACACCAGACUCCAUCGAUGAUGGAACGAUGCAAGUGUUGCUUGCGCAACAAGCGGCCGAACACAUUGACAGUGAUGUGGCCUCUGACAUGUCGGAAGCAAUGCGUGCCUCUACCACCGAGCGCGGCCAGCACAAUGAAAGAGCCGGAACAGGGCCGCUGUAUGGCCUGGAGGAAGAAACCGGCAUUUUGGUGCUUCGUGCGUGCUUGGCACAGGCCACGAAAGAGGAAGCCUGGUGUUCUUGCGAGACAUUACGCGUGCCGCCGUGCACCAGGCAUGGCGGCUGCCAUUUCAUGCCCUUCCUGACAAAGGAGGAAUACGAGCAACUGAGCGGAACAGCGACUUUGGCAGAUCAGGUGCGCGAGUGCCGCGACUGCUACUUUCACCGUGUUCUCUGCAUCCUGCACUUCCGGGGGGUGCUCCUCUCGAAGGACGUCUUCCGGAAGAUCGAGCAUCCCCUGGCCAAGUACGCCUCCAAGUUCCUGCUGCCGCAUCUGGCCCAGGUGGAGACACUGCGAUCCCGCGCGGCUGCAAUUCUUGCACGAGCAAUGUUCGGCUUGCCCGUGCACGAUUUACCCUUGUACAGCUCCGGUGAGCCUCUCCGAGCGGAAGCCAACCUGGCGCAUGCAGUCGCCAAUGGCAACCCCGCUCCCACAGGGACGGAUGCUCGGUCUUUGUUCCCCUUGGACAUUGUGUUGACAGACCAGGCCGAGCACCAAGUCUCUCCUGCCAGGAGCUCUGCCGCCCCGAACGACGGCUACCCGUCGCCGGCGCAGACAACGCCGGGCACGGCAGCGACACCAGACUCCAUGGAUGAUGGAACGAUGCAAAUGUUGCUUGCGCAACAAGCGGCCCAACACAUUGACAGUGAUGUGGACUCUGACAUGUCGGAAGCAAUGCGUGCCUCUGCCGCCGAGCACGGCCAGCGCAAGGAAAGAGCCGGAACAGGGCCGCUCUGUGGCCUGGAGGAAGAAACCGGCAUUUUGGUGCUUCGUGCGUGCUUGGCACAGGCCACGAAAGAGGAAGCCUGGUGUGGCAGUGAAAAGCAGAUCCCUGCGCCGCUGUGGGGCGGCGACGGCGAUUGGCAGCGAUUGCGUCCCAACUUGCUGACGUGUCUGAGCGCAGACUCCGCUCAGCUUCCCGACACCUUCUUGACCGUUCCAGCGGCUUUCUGGCGGGAUGCAGAGUUUGUCUGCCCCAAGACUGAGGACAAUGUCCUGGUGCACGGCGGCACGCAUAAUGUCUCGCAAGAAGGCAUGGCGGGCUGCCAUUUCAUGCCCUUCCUGACAAGGGAGGAAUACGAGCAACUGCCGCCGCCGUGGGUCCCCAGCCGUUUUCGUGACAUGGUAAUCUCUGUGGCCUCAAGGAGCGGAACAGCGACUUUGGCAGAUCAGGUGCGCGAGUGCGGCGACUGCUACUUCCACAGUAUUCUCUGCAUCCUGCACUUCCGGGGGGUGCUCCUCUCGGAGGACAUCUUCCGGAAGAUCGAGCAUCCCCUGGCCAAGUACGCCUCCAAGUUCCUGCUGCCGCAUCUGGCCCAGGAGCAAGAAGCGACCGGGGACGCCGAAGCCGUCCCGGCAGAGGGCAACAGCGCCGCAUUCUCCGAGGCUCCCAAAGGGACUUCAGGACAAAGCAUGGAAAAAGCAGAAGAAGACCUGAACAGCUCUGUCCCUUUCUCCCAGGACCAGAAAGAGCCGAUUCAGCCCUGCAAGAGAAAGCUUCGCUUUGAGAACUCUUUGGACGACCUGUCCACUGCGGGUCGCAACUUACCAGACCCCGUUGCAGAUAUGCUGCGCGCACUGCAAGACCAUGGAAAGGAGCUGGACGAGCACUACUUCCAAGACUGCGUGUUUGAAGGCUGGUUGAACAAGGAUGAAGUCUACAACACCGUCAAGACCAGUUUGUUGAACUCUUACAGCCGGACAGACACGCACCGCCAGCUUGCCACAGACCUCAACCUCGACCUUCGCUUCAUGGUGCCCGCGCCCAUGGCUGCAGCAGUGCAGACCGUAGCCAAGCGUCGUGGCCUCGCGGCAGAAGCCUUGCUAGCAGUCAUAGAUGCCAACGUAGGCUUUAUGGAGGCCCCAAGCACCACGCUGACUCAUCAGCUCGACAGCAUGCACGACAUCUCCCCAGGCAGCCCCGUUCUUGUCGGCAGCGCAAGCUCCACGCGUAAAAGCCAUCUCAUCAAGGCCAGCGAUGAUUGGAUGCUGAAAUCCAAAGAGGCGCCUGAGAUUUUCAAGGCUCGCACAAUUCUGAACACGGAUUCAACUACCAAAGGGAUUCGGAACUGCCUGGAGCAGCAUGGCAGAUGCGCGGUGUCCUCAGACGAGGCAGCCAACACCUUUGACACGAAAUUCAGCGACAGGGAGAGCGGCUUGCAUUUUCUGCCUCCGACCAAGCUGAACACUUGGACCCAGGGCGAGUACGAUGGGCCUUUAACCGGGCAGAGCAAGCAAGUCCUGGGCGACUACAAUUUCAUGCUGAAGGUGGCCGGGCAGACGGAGGUGUGCGAAUGCAUCUUGACCCCUAAGGUGCAUGGCUUCCAAAAGAGAAUCAAGCACAUUUGGAGCGUAGCCACGCUGCAUACGGAUGACAACCAGUGCAGCAAGUACAGUGAAAAUUUGAUCCAAGAGUAUCAUGACUGGAUGCUGCGAACGUUCACAACUCCCGCGCUGGCUCAGAGACUGACCCUGGACGGCUACGCUCUCAGUGUCUACCGAGCAGCAAAGGAGGCACUCGUGGACGCCAUGAAGGAGAUGCCCAGGAUGCCGCUUGCCUGGCAGAGCAAGCUGCAGUUCUUCCACAGCGAUGUGCUGCGAGAAACACACAAGGUGAUGAGGGCCUGUCAGUUUCUAAACAGUAAGUUCGGCAAUUCGGAUGCAGAUAGAGUCGCUGCUGCCGUGGACGAGAUCUCGGUGGGCCUCAUGCGUUGGCUUCGACAGGUGCAGUUGCACUUCGGCUUCUACCGCUAUACGCAGCGCAAGCAGAAGAAAGAGCCAGGACGCAAUGAAAUCCACGACGCCGUCCUGGCCGACCCCAAGGACCAGGAAGAAGAGGAGCUGCAGAGACCGCAAGACGAGCUCAUGAGGCUCAUACUCGAGAAAGCGCCCAAGCACCAACUUUUCACGGCUGCAACAGUCCGUGAAUGGUUUCGAAACAAGCGCGAUGCUUGGUUCCGGAAUGGCUUGGCGGACAAGAUCUCAGCAGCCAUUGACCAUCUCACGACACACAACUUGCUGCAGCAGCCCGACUGCCGUGCCGAACAGAAAGAGCCAGAACUUUCGCAGCCGGCCGAAGAGGCCAUGCCCGAUGCAGAGAAGGCAGGGUCAAGUUCGAAGAAAGGCAGCGCCAAGAAACCUGCAAGGCGUGCAAAGAAAGCGGUACGCGGACGCAAAACCGUGGCGGUCAAGAAACGCACGCUAGCGGAUAUUAUGCAAGACGAGAUCGCCGACCAGGAAAGGCACAUGUCGGAAGCAAUGCGUGCCUCUGCCGCCGAGCACGACCAGCACAAUGACAGAGCCGGAACAGGGCCGCUGUGUGGCCUGGAAGAAGAACUCGGCAUUUUGGUGCUUCGUGCGUGCUUGGCAGAGGCCACGAAAGAGGAAGCCUGGUGUGGCAGUGAAAAGCAGAUCCCUGCGCCGCUGUGGGACGGCGACGGCGAUUGGCGGCGAUUGCGUCCCAACUUGCUGACAUGUCUGAGCGCAGACUCCGCGAGCGGAACAGCGACUUUGGCAGAUCAGGUGCGCGAGUGCGGCGACUGCUACUUUCACAAUAUUCUCUGCAUCCUGCACUUCCGGGGGGUGCUCCUCUCGGAGGACGUCUUCCAGAAGAUCGAGCAUCCCGUGACCGAGUACGCCUCCAAGUUCCUGCUGCCGCAUCUGGCCCCGGAGCGAGAAGCGCUUCCCCUGGGAAAAUGA